AUGGACCUUCCUCGCCUGCACUUGCCUGGGAGCUGGACACGCACUCAGUUUUCUGGUCACUCGAUGGAGUUUGGGAAUGCGGGCUUUUCUGAGCUACCGCAAACCGCACCAUUCCGUGGAAAGGGGGAUAUUGUUCCCAUUACACAGCGAGAUAAGAACGACAAGGCCAGCUACACGUUCAAAUAUCAAUCCGACACGUAUCUCUAUAAUCCAGUAGACAACUCGUUUGCACCAAUAUCGUAUCCUUCCGACUCUAAACCACCCCUAUCGACGUUUAAUGCACCUCAAAACAAGGCAAAAUGGAUUGGAAUCUCAACCGCCGACGUUGACAAACUCACCACGCUCUACGGCAAAAACGAGUUUGAUAUUCCCAUCCCUACCUUUGCCGCUCUCUUUGCAGAGCAUGCAGUCGCGCCUUUCUUCGUCUUCCAACUUUUCUGCGUUGCCCUCUGGUGUUUGGAUGAGUACUGGUAUUAUUCCAUAUUUACUCUCUUCAUGCUCGUCAUGUUCGAGUGUACUGUUGUUUGGCAACGCUUGCGUACUCUCAAAGAGUUUAGGACCAUGUCCGUGGUGCCCUAUGAUAUUCAAGUUUAUAGAAGCGGCAAGUGGUCCGUCUGUAGGACCGAUGAGUUGAUUCCAGGAGACGUCGUUAGUAUUGCCCGACCAUCCGCAGACCAGUCCAUCCCAGCGGAUCUACUACUUCUCCAGGGCUCAGCAAUUGUCAACGAGGCCAUGCUCUCCGGCGAGUCGACCCCGCUCCUAAAAGAGUCUAUCGAACUUUUUGAACCCAGCACGCGUCUCGCUAUUGAUGAUGGUGGCAUGCACAAGAAUUCUGUUCUCUUCAGUGGUACCAAAGUCCUCCAGGUUACAGCCAGUUCGGCCGCCGCAACGACCAACGGUGUUACAUCUGUUCCCUCCAUACUCCCCAAGACUCCAGAUGGAGGCGCCCUGUGCACUGUUCUCCGAACAUCUUUCGGAACCUCACAAGGACAGCUCGUCCGCACCAUGAUCUUCUCGACAGACAGAGUCUCUGCAAAUAACCUGGAAAGCUUCUUGUUCAUUGGCUUCCUCCUCAUCUUUGCAAUUGCUGCUAGUGCUUACGUCUGGGUCAUGGGUAUCGAACGGGGUCUCAAGAAAUCCAAGUUGCUCCUCGACUGCGUGCUAAUUAUCACAUCCGUUGUCCCACCGGAGUUGCCUAUGGAGCUGAGCUUGGCUGUGAACACUAGCCUGGCUGCACUAUCCAAAUUUGCCAUCUUCUGCACAGAACCUUUCCGUAUCCCAUACGCCGGAAGGGUUGAUAUCUGUUGCUUUGACAAGACCGGAACAAUCACCGCAGAGUCUCUUGUGCUUGAAGGUGUCGUGGGCAUCAACCCGGAAGAUCCUCUGGCCAUGGUUGACGUCAAGUCGGUCGAUGUCAACACGACCCAUGUUCUGGCUACGGCCCACGCUUUGGUCAAGUUGGAUGAGGAGAUUACCUCGUCUGCGGACAUCAAGAAGGCAAAGUCUGGCGACGUGACGAUUGUCGGCGACCCGAUGGAAAAGACGACACUCGAGGCACUUGGGUGGCAACUUAAGAACAACGAUAUUGUUGAGCCGUCUGCGAGUAUUGCUUCUCAUGGUCGAACGCUUUCUAGCGUUCAUAUUCGCCGGCGUUUCCAAUUUAGCUCUGCGUUGAAGCGCAUGAGCACUGUUUCGUCUAUUGGUAAAGGUGGUAAACUCAUGGUCUCUGUCAAGGGCGCUCCUGAGACGAUUAGAGGAUUCUUAAAGGCCGGAACUAUUCCUCAUUGGUACGAUGAAACCUACAAGUGGUACACUAGGCGUGGAAGCCGCGUGCUGGCUCUUGCCUGGAAGGAGCUCGGUGCUAUGGGAGCUGACAAGAUCAACCAUCUUCAACGUGAAGAGGUCGAAUGCCAUCUUACAUUUGCGGGAUUCUUGGUCUUCCACUGUCCUCUCAAGCAAGACGCCGUUGAAACCCUGAAGAUGUUGGCAGACAGCUCGCACAGAUGUGUGAUGAUUACUGGUGAUAAUCCCUUGACGGCCGUACAUGUUGCCAAAGAGGUGGAGAUUGUUGACCGCGAGGCAUUGAUUCUAGACCAGCGCGAAAAUGCAACCCGAGACGAUGACCUGGUCUGGAAGAACGUGGACGAUACAAUUAUCAUUCCCGUUGUUCCAUCUGCCCCUCUGGACACAACUCUCUUCGACCGCUACGAUAUUUGUGUUACCGGUGCUGCUCUGCGACAGUACGAGGGAAUCCAUCAAGCCUCAUACGAGAUCCUUGUCCAAAACACCUGGGUUUAUGCACGUGUUUCACCGUCGCAAAAGGAGAGCAUCUUGACCACGCUCAAGGCUUUGGGCUAUAUCACACUCAUGGCAGGGGAUGGCACAAACGAUGUCGGCGCGUUGAAGCAGGCACAUAUCGGUGUUGCUUUGCUCGACGGUACUCCUGAAGAUCUCCAAAAGAUCGCCGAACACGCCAAGAUUGAACGCAUCAAGAGUGUCUACGAGACGCAACUCAAGUUUUCGCAACGAUUCAAUCAGCCUCCUCCACCCGUUCCACCCAUGCUUGCAGCUCAGUACCCUGAGCUUGUCCAAGCGCAGGAGCGCGCAAAGGCAGAUCAAACUGUGGCCCGUAGACAGAAUCCAUUGGAGAAGUUUGAUAUGGCGUCGAUUACGGACAAACUUGCCGAUCUCGAAGACGACAAUGAGCCACCAAAGAUCAAGUUGGGAGAUGCAUCAUGCGCCGCACCGUUUACAUCCAAGCUCUCUAAUGUUGCCGCGAUAUCCAACAUUAUCCGCCAAGGUCGUUGCACGCUCGUAGCCACCGUCCAGAUGUACAAGAUUCUGGCGUUGAACUGCUUGAUCACCGCAUACAGUUUGAGCGUGCAAUACCUCGACGGCAUCAAGUUUGGUGAUUACCAGGUUACUAUUACGGGUAUGCUCAUGUCCCCCAUUGAGCAACUCUCACGUGAACGACCAUUGGGAAAUAUUUUCAACUUUUACGUUGUUCUCUCGGUCCUGUUGCAGUUUGCGAUCCACAUCGCAUCCCUCCUCUACAUUACCAACUUGUCUUAUAUCUUUGCACCGCGCGAAGGUCCCAUCGACCUCGAGGCCAAGUUUGAGCCUAGCUUGCUCAACACUGCCAUCUAUCUGCUCGGUCUCUCACAGCAAGUCUCGACGUUUGCAAUCAACUUCCAGGGGAGACCAUUCCGUGAGGGCAUUACGGAGAAUGGCGCGCUGUACUGGGGACUCGUCGGAGCUGCGGCUGUAGCGUUUUCUGGUGCGACAGACUUUAUUCCCGAGCUCAAUCGUCCACUGCAGAUUGUGGAAAUGGAGAUGCCGUUCAAAGUCCGCCUGACGCUCGUGAUGAUUGGAGACUUUGUUGGAUGCUGGCUUGUGGAGGUUGCGUGCAAAUGGCUGUUUGCAGAUUUGGCGCCGAAAGCCAUUGUCACACGUGGGCGAGAACGGCGUGAAGCCAGGCGAUUCGAGGAGCUCAAGGCCAAAAUUGCUGCGGACACGGCCGCGCGUGAGCAGAGGGAGGCAGAACAGGUUAAAGAGGCCGAAGCGCAAUUGGAGAGUAAAAAGACUCGAUAA